GAGCCGUUAAAUGUUAUCUUUAAUGUUAUCUUUCUUUAGUUAAAACGCCUUCUAACUUGUUGCUGAAAUUCAAACCAACUGUGUGAAGCUUGUAAUUUCUGUGCAUUUAUUUGCAAGCCUUUGAUACUAAGGUCAGGCAAUCAUUUUGAAAUUUGUUUAAGUUUAUUAUGUCAAUGCAUUUACGAAACAGUCGAGAUAUGAUGGACCCUCAAGAACAAGAGGGUUGGUGGAGUUCAAGAACGGGACUAGAGCAGAAGCUUAUCAUCUUAUCAUCUUUGCUUUUCGUUUUAUCUUUCUGUUUAGUAAUAUCAAUAAUAGUCAUCAAUAACCGUAAACCAGGUGGUGGAGGGAAAGGACCAGAUUUGACAACAACUCUUGAACCUAUAACAGAAACGACACUGAAUAAUACUAAUACAACCGAAGUUACUGUUACAGAACCGUCAACAACUGAGGAGCCGUCUACAACUGUGCCAUCGUCUUUAUCUGAGAAAGAAACCAAAUCAACGUCACCUGCUGUUUCCGAGACUUCGACGGAUGCCACAACGACGACGAAGCCGCUCCCGGAAACCACGAUUACGGAAAGCACAACCAUGGAAAACACUUCAUCUACAGAGACAAACGAAACAAGUAAUACUGAUCCUCCAAAAUUGUUUGUAGAUGUGAACCGAAGUGUGGAUGAAAAAUUAUUUCCUCAAGAAAAUCCAACUGGAAGAAAGUUAUUAUCAACUUUUAGCUGGCCGAAAACUAUUGACGAAGAAGAAGACAAAGAUGACACAGACUUGAGUAUUCUAUACUUCAAGCGAAACUCGUUGCUAAAUCGAAUGCCACACUCAAAUAUACCUCGAAGAAGUUAAGUAGCGCUGCAAAAAAGAGCAAAAAAUUUUAAAACCACAUCUUGGAAACAAGAUAUAAUGUUACACUUACAGAAUUCUUGGUAUAACAGUAUUUUCUAUACAUAUAGUUAAUCUAAAUGCUAUAAAAUAUCAGUUGUUUUAAGAAAAGCUAUUAAAAGUUUGUUGCAAAAGUACUUUGAACACAAACAAAAUUUAUAUAGAAUUAAAUGUAGCUUACAAUUCAAUAUUUUUGGCUACAUCUAAUGAUCUGUAAAUAAGUUUAAAACUGUAAAAAUUUAAAUUCUAGAGCAGGAACUUUCAUAUUUUUGUUUUUUCUAUGACCCAGAUUAAAUUUUUCAAAACCGCCUUCUCUUGAACGAAGACAUUAAUUUGUCAUAAAUUGCCGCUUAUUUACGAUAAAUUUUCGAGGCUUAGUAAAACAUAAAUAAGUAUCUUAAAAAAGAAUAGAGGUAAAACUCAUUGUCCAAUUUUUCAUAUCGCGGUUGAAAUCCCAAAACGCUUGCCUAAUCUAUAACCUGAUAUCUGCAAUCAAAAAUUCAAAUGUAUUUUAUUAAUAAAUCUAUGUAUUUACUUGAAAUAAAGCGAAUUAGAAAAUUAUGAAGCACAA